AUGGAAAAUGCUCAGGUCUUCCUAAUGGCCAUAGCACAGGCAGGGAGGCUGGCCGGUCCUGAAUCUAGAAGAUUCAUCGGGCCCAAGUGGGUCCUGGGCUUCAGAAGUGUACAGUCUCUGCAAUCCACGUUUGGGACUUUUGAGUCCAUCCUGAGAAGCUCCCAACAUAAACAAGACCUCACAGAGAAAGCUGUGAAACAAGGGGAGAACGAGGUCAGCCGGAUCAGCGAGGUUCUGCAGAAGCUCCAGAACGAGAUCCUCAAGGACCUCUCGGACGGGAUCCACGUGGUCAAGGACGCCCGGGAGCGGGACUUCACGUCGCUGGAGAACACGGUGGAGGAGAGGCUGACGGAGCUCACCAAGUCCAUCAACGACAACAUCGCCAUCUUCACCGAGGUCCAGAAGAGGAGCCAGAAGGAGAUAAACGACGUGAAGGCAAAGGUCGCCUCUCUGGAAGAAUCUGAGGGGUACAAGCAGGAUCUGAAGGCCUUGAAGGAAGUUGUGAAGGAGCUCCAAACCUCUGCCAAGUCCAGAGAGCGGGACAUGGAGACCCUGAGAAGCACCCUGCAGACCAUGGAGUCCGACGUGUACACGGAGGUCAGGGAGCUGGUGAGCCUCAAGCAGGAGCAGCAGGCCUUCAAGGAGGCGGCCGACACGGAGCGGCUCGCCCUGCAGGCCCUCACCGAGAAGCUCCUCCAGUCCGAGGAGUCCACCUCCCGCCUCCCGGAGGAGAUCAGGAGACUCGAGGAGGAGCUGCGCCAGCUGAAGGCCGACUCCCACGGGCCGGAGGAGGACGGAGGCUUCAAGCACUCUGACGCCUUCGACGCACUCCAGAGAAAGAGUCAGGGGCUGGACUCCAGGCUCCAGCACAUGGAGAACGGAGUCCGUGCCGUGCAGGAAGCUUCUGCGCACCAGACCGAGAGCCUGGAAUCCCUGCUGUCCAAGAGCCAGGAGCACGAGCAGCGCCUGGCCGCCCUGGCCGGCACCGUGCGCAGCCUGGGUGAGGCCCAGCUGGCCCUCUUCGGCGACGUGGAGGAGCUGAAGCGAAGUGUGGGUGAGCUCCCCAGUGCCGUGGAGUCGCUCCAGAAGGUGCAGGAGCAAGUGCACACGCUGCUCAGCCAGGACCAAGCCCAGGCCGCCCGGCUGCCACCUCAGGACUUCCUGGACAGACUUUCUUCUCUAGACAACCUGAAAUCCUCAGUCAGCCAAGUGGAAUCGGACUUGAAAAUGCUCAGGACUGCCGUGGACAGUUUGGUUGCGUACUCGGUCAAAAUAGAAACCAACGAGAACAACCUGGAGUCAGCCAAGGGCUUACUAGAUGACCUGAGAAGUGACCUGGAUAGGCUGUUUGUGAAGGUUGAAAAGAUUCACGAAAAGGUCUAAAGGAAUCGUGUAUGCAGGGCGCGGAUUUACACUCCAGUUUCUCAUGACCAAAAAAAAAAAAAAAUGUGUUGUUUUCUCUCAUGUGCCCCACCCCCACCCCAGUUUCUUGUCCCCUUUAAAGAGCAGCAGACACCCCCCCCAACACCAAGGCAUUGUGUUUUUGUGCCCAGUUAAUUUAUUUACAAAGAUUGCCACACAUCGUUGGUUUCUAAAGUUCUCUGCUUCUGCUUUUGGUUGGUUUCCUGAAGCCCAGCCCCUAUGAGCAAGAGGUGGCUUUUAGAAGGGAUGUCUCCAGGGUCAGAGAAAAACGAUAAUGGCUUCAAACUGAGGAUUAACAGAAGCAGAUUAACUCUAACCUCAAAAAUCCUGUCUGGCUGGCAGAUUUCAAGUAAAAAAAAAAAGGCGGGGAGGGGGCACUUUUCUUUCCAAUCGUCUGUAUGGAAAAUUAAUUUUACUUAUUUUGUACUGGCGGCCGAAGUUUUUACGAGCUCUCUCUCUCAGUCUUCCACUUUAAACUGGUUAAAACUCCUAGGUGUCAGCUCUGAAUCAGGAGGGGAGAAGCCCCUUUGUCUUUAUUGUAAAAGAAUCAGCUCCUUGAGGGUGGCCUGCCUUCCUCCUGUGGUGUGAGUGUGUUUUCCAUUCCUGAAUCAUCUAGUGAUAUCAUCACAGGUAACUAUGCAAAGAAUCCAGACGGUUCUGAAUGUGAAAGCACAACACCCAGCAGGGCCCUCCAGAGGGCACCAAAUCCUGCUUGGGUUUAGAAUCUCAGAAAGGGGGAGUCCUUGGGUUCUUUGGAGAAAUGUGCCCUGAGAACUGUCCACAGAGGAAUGGGGUGUCUCCCUGGGAAACGGAGGCCACGUCUUAUCGGAACGUGAUGUCCAUGAAGAGGUUUGCUGUCGAACAACCCGUUUGUCAGUGAGGAAUGUGUGCACUGCAUUUCUGUAUGUGUUUGCUGUAUCCCUUCCCUUUGAGCGGUAUUGUUCUUUAAUGGCUGUCUUGCCCUUGCCCUCCCCCAAAAAAAUUUUAAAAAAAGGAAGAAAAAGAAAAAAACCUGAAAAGUAAAAGAAAAAAAGGUUUGUUUAGUUUACUGUGAAAUGAACUGUAUGGCUUAUUUACAGUAUUUUUAAUUCUUAAUAAACACUUGAGCUUUGUUAUUA